AUGUCAAGCUGGGUUCAUAACAUUGCAUACUAUCAGAGACCGGCGACCACCAUGUCCGAAUUACCUCCCUCCGAAUCUGCGGCAGCGCCUGAGACAAAAAAGUCAUUCCCGAAAGGCCCAGUGGUACUAGGCAAGGACGGAAAACCAUGUCGCUCAUGUACUAGCUUCCGGGACUGGUCGAAGAAUGCUGCCAAAGGAAAGUUUAGUGGUUCUGCUGCUGCUACUAUUGCCACAACAUUACCCUCUGACUGCCCUCCUGACGUAGAAGCCCUCGGUCGCUCUACCUGGACCCUUCUACACACCAUAGCAGCCACAUACCCUUCGAGCGCCACGCCGACCCAACAAACCGAAAUGAAGAAAUUCAUAACUUUAUUCUCACGGGUCUAUCCUUGUUGGGUAUGUGCCGAGGACUUCCAGGAGUAUUUAAAGGAGCCGGAGAACAAACUCAAGGUUGUGGAAGAGAAGGGAAGAGGGCACUUGAGCGGCAGAAGCGAGUUUGGGUUAUGGAUGUGCAAGGCACAUAAUAACGUCAAUGUGAAGCUUGGAAAGAAGGAGUUUGAUUGCUCGAAGUGGGAGGAGCGGUGGAGGACUGGAUGGAAGGAUGGGAGGGUCAAUUUGAUGCUUUUUAAUUCGGCGCUCAAUAAGCAACUCUGGCACAGGCCAAAUUACACUUCCAGCGACACCCCACCUUCCACCCCACCUUCCGCCUUCCACCUCCACCUCCACCUCUACCUCCACUGGCACCUCUAUCUCUAUCUCGAUACACCUCCAGAUUACCGGCCAAUCAAUCGUCAACAUGCUGCUCAAAAGCCUCCUGCUAGGCGAGAUUUAGGCACGGAAUCGAGCAUGGAAUCGAGCACGGAAUAG